AUGGCCGAGGCCGCAGAGCCAGCGGGGGGCGCGCCGGGUGCCCUGGGGCCGCUGGAGGGCCCGGCACCGCCGGCUGAGAGAGCGGGAGAGCCGGGCGCUGCGGGCCCGGAGGCAAAGGGGGAGGAGGCGCGCGAGGGCCCCGGGGAGGCUCCGCGGGGCGCGGCGGAGGGCGCAGCCGCGACGGCCGGGCUGAAGGCGGGCGAAGGCGCGGGGCCCGACGGAGGGAAUGCGGGCGACUCGGCGGCUGAGACGCCGGGAGCGAGCGGAGCGCGGGGCGAGGCGGAGGCCCCGGAGGGCGCCCGGGACGGCGUGGAGGCCCCCGGGCGCGGGGAGGAGGCGAGCCCUGGGCGCUGUGCGCAGGGCGAGGCGUGGGAGCAGGCUCAGGGGGCGCCCCGAGAUCCCGCGGCCCCCGGGGCGGAGGAGGCGGCGGAGCGCGGCCCCGAGGGGCCGGGAAGCAGCGGACCCGCGCCCGGGGCCGGCGUGGAGGCCGAGGGGCUGGCGGGAGGGGCACCUGGGGCCGAGGGCGAGCCCGGGGCCGGAGGGGACCGCUGUCCCCAGCCGCAGGUGGAGCCGGUUGAGGCCGCAGCGGCGGGGAGUGGGGGCUGCAGCGGGGGGCCGGUAGGGGAGCUUCGGGGUGCAGAGGCGGGAGCUGCGGAGGGGAGUGGGGCCCCCGGGAACGCCGGGGCAGAGGCUGGCGAGGACGGGGACCAGGAGGGGCCCCAGGAGGACGGGGACCAGGAGGGGCCCCAGGAGGACGGGGACCAGGAGGGGCCCCAGGAGGAGGGGGAGGAAGCGGAGGAGGAGGAGGAGGAGGAGAGUCUGGUGCGCGGCCCGGAUGGGACGGGCGAGGAGGCCGCGGCCGGGGGCCAGGAGGGGGCCCAGGAGCAGGGGGGCCAGGAGGGGGCCGCCGGCGGCAGCGAGGACGGGGAGGCGACCGCGCAGCCCGGGGCCACGGAGCUCAGCAACCACCUGGCGGAGGAGGGCGCCGAGGAGGAGGAGGCGGCGGCGCCCGUGAAUGGCCGCGGGGAGGACGGCGAGGCGUCCGAGGAGGGGACCCCGGCCCGCGAGCACGACAUCACGCUCUUCGUGAAGGCCGGCUGUGACGGGGAGAGCAUCGGGAACUGUCCCUUUUCUCAGCGCCUCUUUAUGAUUCUCUGGCUGAAGGGCGUCAUAUUUAAUGUGACAACAGUGGACCUGAAAAGGAAACCCGCGGACCUGCAGAACCUCGCUCCUGGGACCAACCCGCCUUUCAUGACGUUCGACGGGGAGGUCAAGACGGACGUGAAUAAGAUUGAGGAGUUCUUGGAGGAGCGCCUGGCUCCCCCCAGGUACCCUAAGCUGGGGACCCAGCACCCCGAGUCCAACUCCGCCGGGGACGACGUGUUUGCCAAGUUCUCCGCGUUUAUCAAGAACACCAAGAAGGAUGCGCACGAGAGCCACGAGCGGAGCCUGCUGCGGGCGCUGCGGCGGCUGGACGACUACCUGAACAGCCCGCUGCCCGACGAGGCGGAGGCCGACGGCGCGGAGGACGUGGCCGUGUCCGGCAGGAAGUUCCUCGACGGGGACGAGCUCACGCUGGCCGACUGCAACCUGCUCCCCAAGCUGCACGUCAUCAAGAUCGUGGCCAAGAGGUACCGAGACUUUGAAUUUCCCGCUGACAUGACCGGCAUCUCGAGGUACCUGAGGAACGCCUACGCCAGGGACGAGUUCACCAACACGUGCCCGGCCGACCGGGAGAUCGAGCGCGCCUACUCCGACGUGGCCAAGAGGAUGAAGUGA